AUGAAUAGGUCGAUUGCAUUUUUAUUUUAUAUGAGUGUAAUAAACUUAGCUCUUUCGUCUUCGGUGAGCCGGGCCGACUAUGGCGAAAUAAAGCUAUUCCAGGCGUCGGUUUCCUACAGCGUGGAGUCGACGGUGCUCCUUAACGACGCUUCCCGCCGGGAUAAAGAGGUCAGCUAUAAGGUGAAGGCCGCACUCGACGUGCAUCCCGUGUGGACCGAGUCUAACGUCGAGUUUAUGCUUAAAUUUGAUCUAAUAUCUCCUCAAUUGUACUCGAGAGGGAAACAUGUUAGUGCAGAGUAUAUGCCUAUGAAAUCCAUCUGGGAUUCCUAUUCCCAUACCACAUUUUAUGCACAUUGGAAACAUGGACUCAUCCAGACGGCCUACUUAGACCCUAAUGAGUUGUUAGACAUCCAAAAUUUUAAAAGAUCACUCAUUAGCUUGUUCCAGUUUCAAGUUGUCGAUGGGGAGGGCAACGAAACAGAUGUUUCUGGAAUGUGUAAAGUUACCUAUGAAUCUGCUUCUAUGCAAGUCAUCAGAAAAUUUAAGACGGCGUGCCAGUCGGCGGAGUGGGUGCUGGAGGAUGAGGAGGGCAGCGAGGAGGUGGAGGCGCGCCGCGUGACGCGCUACACGCUGAGCGCGACGCUGGACGCGCUGCAGGAGGUGUACGCCGAGGAGCUGCUUACGCUGGGAGAGGCGUCCAAGGGCGCCGGGCUAAAGGCGCGCGCGUGGCUGCGGCUGGCGCGCGCCGCCGCGCCGCCCGCCUCUGCGCCGCCCGCCCCCGCGCUGGGCGCCGUGCCGCCCGCCCUGGCAGCCGCGCCGCUGGCCGCGCCGCCGCCCGCCGACCUGGCCGCACUGCUCGACCCGCCGAGCGGCGCCGAGGAGCUGGAGGCGGCGGUGGCGGAGGCGGUGCGGGCGGCGGGGACGGGGGCGGGCGGCGAGGGCGGUCGGCUGGCGGACGCGCGCGCCGCGCUGCGCCUGGGCGCUGCCCUGCGCCGCCCCACGCCCGCCGCCGCUGCCGCGCUGGACGCGCUGCUGCACGACGCCGCCGACCCGCUGCUGCUCGACGUGGUGUGCGCGGCGCUGGGGCAGGCGCCGGGCGCGGCAGCGCACGCGGCGGCCGCGCGCUUCCUGCGUCUGCGCGGUGGUGACGUGGCGGAGCGCCCCGCGCGCGCCUACCUGCAGGCGCUGGCGCUGACGCCGCGCGCGCCGCCGCCCGCCCUGCGCGCCGCCGCCCGCCUGGGCGCCGCGCCCGCCCCCGCCCCCGCCCUACGCGAGGCCGCGCUGCUGGCCGCCGGCGCCGCCGCGCGCGCCGCGCCGCCCGCCGACGCGCGCGCGCUGCGCGACCAGCUCGUGGCCGACCUCGCGCGCUGCAAGGACGAGGAGUGCCGGCGCGUGCGCGUGCUCGCGCUCGGCAACAUGCGGCGCGCCGACCUCGCCGACGUGCUGCUGGAGCAGGCGGAGGGCGCGGGGGGCGCGGCGCUGGAGGCGCUGGGUGCGCUGGCCGCGCUGCCGGCCGCCGCGCUGGCCGAGCCCGCGCGCCUGCGCCGCCUGGAGCGCCUGGCGCUGGAGCCGCGCGCGCUGGAGCUGCGCGCCGCCGCGCUGGACCUGCUGCUGCGCGUGAGCGCGCGCGCGCCCUUCGCCCUGCCGCGCGCGCUGCUGGCGCUGCGCCGCGAGAGUGCGCCCGCGCCGCUGCGGCGCCUGGCCGCGCGCAGGCUGGCCGCGCUGGCGCCGCGCCGUGCGCCGCUGGCCGCGCUGCUGCGCCUGCUGCCGCAGGAGCUGCGCGGCUGGGACGAGCUGGCGCAGCCCGGCACGACGUCGGUGCUGGAGCGCGAGGUGGCGGCGGGCGGCUGGCGCGCGCGCCUCGACUCUGUGCAGCUGGAGAGCGGCGGCGCGCUGCGGCGCGGCCUCGUGCGCCUGCGCGCCGCCGGCCCGCGCGCCGCGGACGACGUGCUGGCCGUCGAGCUGUGGACGCGCGGCCUGCAGGCGCUCGUCGGCGGCGCGCCCGUCGACGACGAGCCCGGCGACGACGAGCCCGCGAGUGGCGGCCUGGCGCUCAGCGUGGGCGGCGCGCGCCUGCCCGGCGUCACGCUGUUCUCCAAUCAGGCCGAGCUACUGGCGCACGUGUGGGCGGGCACGGCCAGCGAGCCCACGCCCGUGCUGCGCGCCGUGCGGCCGCUCGGCGGCGCGCGCGCGGCCGUCGUGCUGCUGGGCGGCGCGCCGCUACUGUACCGGCGCGACGCGGCGCUGGCGCUGGCGCUGGACGCGCAGGCGCAGGUGUCGCUAUGGUCGCGCAGCGCGCGCACGCAGCUGAGCCUGCGCGCGGCGGCGGCGGCGCGCGGCGAGGCGCGCGCGGCGUCGGCGUGGGGCGCGCUGGCCGCUGCCGCCGCGCUGGAGGCCGAGCCGCGCCUGCACAUCGCCGCCGACCUCGACUUCUACGACGGCGUCUCGCUCUGCGUGCGCGUGUCCACGACCGACUUCCGACACAGCUACAACGUGACGAUGACUUCGGAGCUCGGCGCGGCGCCGCGGCGCGUGCGGCGCCGGCGCUCGCAGACCUGGACCACGAGCGGCCGCACGCUGGCGCUGGGCGCGCCCAACGACGCCACCUGCCGCGCGCUCGGCGCCGGGGAC